AUGAGAGAGGCAGAAGACAGAUCAGACAUAGAUGAAUCAAUCAGCAGAAGAAUUGACACCUCACUGCAAGGCACAGCAACUAUCACUGCAGCUGUAAAAGAAGCAGAAGAAGGAGAAGAAGAAGGUGUAAUAAUGAGAGCAGUGCUCCCGCGGCUCAUUGACACCAUCAUCUCUGCCUUCAACCUGGCUUUCUUGACAGUCAUGGAGACCAUCGCUGCAUCAUGA